GAGAUUGGGGCGCUCGGCGCGGCGGCGGGGACGGUGAGGCACGCACGCGCCUUCACGGGAUGACGACCAACACCAAGCGCGCCUACAAGCUCCAGGAGUUUGUGGCGCACUCAUCCAAUGUCAACUGCCUCAAGAUUGGCAGGAAGACCUCCCGGGUUCUCGUCACGGGAGGAGAGGACCACAAGGUUAAUCUUUGGGCCAUCGGGAAGCCCAAUUCGAUUGCGAGUUUACCAGGGCAUACAAGUGCUGUGGAGUCGGUUGCUUUUGAUUCCACAGAAGUAUUUGUGGCUGCAGGAGCAGCCAGUGGAACAGUUAAAUUAUGGGAUUUAGAGGAGGCGAAGAUCGUCCGCACGCUUACUGGGCACAGGUCAAACUGUAUGUCCGUUGAUUUCCAUCCGUUUGGGGAAUUCUUUGCCUCUGGGUCAUUGGACACUAAUCUAAAGAUAUGGGAUAUAAGAAGGAAGGGUUGUAUCCACACCUACAAGGGUCACACCAGAGGGGUGAAUGCUAUUAGAUUUACACCCGAUGGCCGUUGGGUUGUGUCUGGUGGCGAAGAUAGUGCAGUGAAGAUCUGGGAUUUGACAGCUGGAAAGUUACUACACGAGUUCAAGUCCCACGAGGGUCAAAUUCAGUGCAUAGAUUUCCAUCCCCAUGAGUUCCUUCUAGCAACAGGUUCAGCUGACAAAACUGUCAAGUUCUGGGAUUUGGAGACCUUUGAGCUGAUUGGAUCAACUGGACCUGAGAUGACAGGUGUACGGUCUAUGACGUUCAAUCCUGAUGGAAGAUCUCUGUUAUGUGGGUUGCAUGAGAGCUUAAAGGUUUUCUCUUGGGAACCAAUAAGAUGCCAUGAUACUGUUGAUGUGGGAUGGUCUAGAUUGUCUGAUCUGAAUGUCCACGAGGGAAAACUUCUUGGUUGUUCUUCUAAUCAAAGUUGUGUUGGAAUAUGGGUUGUUGAUCUAACGCGCCUUGAGCCACACGCAACAGGUACUUCAAGUGGCACUAUGCCAUUACAAAAUGAUAGUGGUUCAAGGGCUAACAUAGGGCGAUCAUCAGCUCUACAAAAUUCAGAGAAUAACUUAAAGGCUUCUGCAGGAAGACUCUCAGUUUCUCAAAAUUCAGAUUCUGCACCCAAAGAGAUAAAACCAACAGCCUCAAGUGGCUUGGUUCCAGGCACUCCACAAAAGGUUGGAACUGGCUCUAGUACUAAAAUUGCUGGACAUUCAACUUUUGCAUCUGGUGGCACCACUUUGAAGAGAAGUUCAGUGAAGAGUACCAGUGCUUCCAAUCUUCAUAAUUUCAGUAAAACUGACGUGGUAAUACCUGCUGUGAUCAUGCCAAGAACUAGCUCAGGAGCAGAGCUUGAUACUGGUUCAAGAAGUUAUGCUGCUGAUGUGGCCCCUGUUCUUUCGAAGGCAAGCAGAAGGGCUGAGCCUCCUAGUGAUCCUAGGACAGAAAGUGCUGAUGUGGUACCUGCUGUUGCUCCUAGAACAAGCUCAAGAAUGGAAAUGGCAUCUGAUUCAGCACCUGAUGUUGUCUCUAGGACAGGCAGAAGGAUGGAAUCCGCUGCUGAUUCUAGGAAAGAAAGUGCUGAUGUCGUUCCCAGAGCAACUUCAAGAAUGGAAAUGGCCUCUGAUUCUGUACCUGUUCUUUCCAAGGCAGGAAGAAGGUUCGAGUCUGCUACUGAUUCAAGAAAAGAAAGCACUGAUUCGGCACCGGUUGGUCCCAGAGCAACUUCAAGAAUGGAAAUGGCCUCUGAUUCUAGGAGAGAACCUUCUGCCGGAAGAGUGUCUCCAUUUAGGACCCAAUCAAGAUAUGCUGAACCAAGGAAGUUGACCAAUGCGAAAGUUGAUAUAGACAAAGUUGAUGUGGGAAGCAAAGAUACUGAAACUAAUGACCUUACUUGCCAAAUAUUUCUUCCUCGGAGGAAUGGUGGUGUCCAAACAAUAAAUUCUGAAGAAACUCGUGAAGAUGCAAAACAUGGUACAGCUUACAGGUCGGGAUUUUCAGGUUCAGCAGAAUCAAAUGCGGGCCAACGGAGUGAUAGUUAUGUUUCUAGAAUGCGCAAGCCAAGAGAUAACUGCUACGUUGAAGUUUCACGAGCAGGACGAACAAGAUCAAUUGUUUCUAAUUGGGAAGGCAGGGAUCAGUCCCCAAGCCACGAAGAACCAACAACAAGCAAUUCUGCAAUGGGGCCUCCUAGAGGGCGAUCCUAUUCAUCUAGAGGGAGCAGUCAAGCGGCUGAAACUAAUACCGUAACAAGUGAGGAGGAUGUUUUAUCUGUUCUACUUGAAGAGCAUGAUCUAUUUGUCAGCUCAACACGAUCUCGGCUGACAAAACUGCAGAUUCUUCAUCAAAUGUGGCAAAGAAAUGACAUCAGGGGUGUUUUCGCAGCAAUGGAGAAGAUGUCUGAUCAUGCUGUAUCUGCUGAUAUGGCAAGUGUUAUGAUGGAGAAAAGCGAAGCUAUCACACUAGAUCUAUGUACUACUGUCCUGCCUGUCCUUUCUGACCUUCUGGAAAGUAAAACUGACAGGCAUGUAGCUGUAUCACUGGAACUGGUGGUGAAGCUUGUCAGGACUUUUGGGGCCGUGAUACAUUCAACAGUAUCGGCUAGUCCGUCUUGUGUUGGUGUAGAUCUUCAAAUGGAGCAAAGGCGGGAGAGGUGCAACGUAUGCUUCAUUGAACUGGAGAAAGUAAAAAACAAGCUACCUUUUCUUACAAGAAGAAAAGGGCAAGCUGCAAACACAGCCCAGGAGCUCACUCUCGUCUUCCAGGAAAUUAUGUUGUAGACUGACCACACAUCCUCAUACAAACACACAAUUAAACGGGACAUGCUUUCCUGCCGGUGUUCCCUGGACUGGAAAUCUGUUGCCAUGGAGCGCUGCUUGCCUUUGCGCUGCCGUGAAGCUCCGAGGUCACGCCCUUGGUAGUAGUAACAUUUUGUUGCUACUGUUUUAUUCCCUUUGUACAACACUAACCCUUAUUGAUUGGCGUCCUUGCCAUUUGGAAAGAGAAGCCACCAAAACAAUGUCUCUGGCCAAGUGCGGGGCAGUGUUCCUCGCAUGGUUGUUUUACCGGCUUCUGGAGGCGUUGUUUGGUCUCGACCUCGAAGUCAGAAGGCCUUUAGUUUGCCGGUGCUUGUAAAUGCUGUAGCCGCUCUCGGUUGUGUGUGUCAGCUUUGGUUGGGUUUGGUAGUUUGUUGUUAGGUUGUAUGCCCAGUCGAUUCAGUGGAAAGAUUGACGAGUGCAUGUGAUCCAUCUACAAGUGUACGCCAUUUUUUGAAGAGUUGACACUUGAACUCUUGAUUCUUCGUACUGUGUCCUUGAAGUGUGGAACGAUGCCACAAAAUGUCUGAUGCAAUGAACGUUUGUGCGUUGUGAUCGUC